AUGCCCAGCAUCUUCGCUUACCAGAGCUCUGAGGUGGACUGGUGUGAGACCAACUUCCAGCACUCGGAGCUGGUGGCCGAGUUCUACAACACGUUCAGCAAUGUCACCUUCCUCAUCUUUGGGCCUCUCAUGAUGUUCCUGAUGCACCCCUAUGCCCAGAAACGCUCCCGCUACACCUAUGGCAUCUGUGUUCUCUUCAUGGUCAUAGGCCUGUUCUCCAUGUACUUCCACAUGACACUCAGCUUCCUGGGCCAGCUGCUAGACGAGAUCUCUAUUCUGUGGCUGCUGGCCAGUGGCUACAGCAUAUGGAUGCCCCGCUGCUACUUCCCCACCUUCCUAAGGGAAAACAGGACCCAGUUUGUCUGUCUCGUCUUCAUCACCACCAUGGUCAGUACCUUCCUGUCCUUCCUGAGGCCUACGGUCAACGCGUAUGCCCUCAACAGCAUCGCCCUGCACAUCCUCUACAUCGUGUUCCAGGAGUACAAGAAGACCAAUAAUAAGGAGCUUCGACAUGUCAUUGAGGUCUCCGUGGUUUUGUGGGCUUUUGCAUUGGCCAGCUGGAUCAGUGACCGCUUCCUUUGCAGUUUUUGGCAAAAGAUUAAUUUCUUCUACCUGCACAGCAUCUGGCACGUGCUCAUCAGCAUCACCUUCCCUUAUGGCAUGGUCACCAUGGCCUUGGUGGAUGCCAGGUAUGAGAUGCCAGACCAAACUCUCAAAGUCCGCUACUGGCCUCGGGACACUUGGCCUGUGGGGCUACCCUACGUGGAAAUCACUGGUGACCGCAAGAACUGCUAA